AUGAUCAAAAUUGUAUUGUAUUUGAUAUCAAACGAUAAGUUUUUAAGUUAUUACAUAAAAGGUUAUAAUAUCUAAACAGUAAUUAAUAAAAGUGCGGCAACAUUUUGCUCUGUAUCUACUCUAUUCUAUGUACAUGUCAAAAUUUUGUGGUUAUGUUUGUAUAAAUUUCAAGGUUAUGUUCGUUUAAACCUCCGUCUCAAAUUCAAGGUUAUGAGAAUUAGUAGAAUUAUGAUGAUAUAAUCAGUGCUGCAAAUCAAUUUACAAAUAAACAAGUAUAAAAAGGAUGGCAAAAGCUUCACAGGUUAAGUCUAGACGUAAACUUCUAAAUCCGGUAUUUCAUUUACAAACGAAAAUGGAAGAUGAUACUCAACUUACAAAGGGAAUGAUAAAAGUUGUUAGACGAACGGGCCAAUUAAAUUUAUCUGGACGUGGAAUGGGCACAGUGCCUUCAACAAUGUUUACAAUGUACAAUGACGAUGAAAAUAUUGUUAGUUAUGAUUUGGGAAAAUCCCCUGACGAUGCCUGGUGGAGUUUUAAACCACUUAAUUAUCUAGAUUUAAGUUCAAAUACAUUACAAGAGAUUCCAAUUGAUAUUAAAAUGUUUGAAGAUUUAACCGUUCUUAAUUUACAAGAUAAUUGCCUUAUAACAUUGCCUAAAGAAGUAGGAAUGUUGAAAAAACUUACAAAAAUUAAUUUAAGCCAUAAUAAAAUUACUAAUUUACCUGACGAAUGCUUUAACUUUCCUGAUUUAGUACAAUUCAAUGUGUCUUAUAACAAUUUGGAGGAGGUUUCUGCUGAAAUUGGAAAUUUAGUGAUGCUUCAACAGUUGGAUUUAUCCCAUAAUAAUUUAACAACAUUACCACUGGGAUUGGGAUAUUUGGUUCGCUUAAACGAUAUAAAUUUAUCUCAUAACAAAUUAACAGAAUUACCACCAGAUAUUGUAAGCUUAAGGGCUUUAAUAAAAUUGGACGUAACACAUAACAAUUUAAAAAAAUUACCGAACGCGAUGGGAGAGUUGAGAAAAAUGCAAAUGUUGCAUGCUCAGCAUAACGAUAUUGAUGAUUUGCCUAACUUCGAAGGUUGUGAACAUAUCCAAGAAAUCCAUAUGGGAAAUAACUUUAUCGAUUGCGUUCGGAAAGAAUUUUGUGAGGAUGUAGCAAAUUUAAAAAUAUUGGAUUUAAGAGAUAACAAAAUUAAAGAGUUGCCAAAGGAAAUAGCUAUGUUGCAACAUUUGAUUCGGUUGGAUUUAACUAAUAACGAUUUAACCAGCUUGCCAAAUACGUUGGGGCUUUUACCGCAUUUACAAAACCUUCAAGUUGAAGGGAAUGUUUUGAAAAAUAUACGACAAGAUAUUAUAAAAGGAGGGACGAGUCGAAUAUUAAAACACUUAAGAGAUAAAUUGAAUGAAGAAGAUAUGAAAGUUUCACCAUCUCACGCUUUUAAACCUUUACCUGUAGAAACUUCGGAAUUUCCAAACAAAUAUGUGAUGAGAAAUUCUAGAUCGUUAAACUUAGGGAUGAAAGAUUUGACCUCAAUUCCAGAUACAGUUUUUGAAGAUGCUUUAGCUGCAGAGGUGACUAUUGUUGAUUUGUGUAAAAAUAAAUUGGCAGUUGUUCCUGAAGGAUUAAAACUGGUUUCACAAAAUGUUUCUGAACUGAAUUUAAGCGUCAACGUUUUAAAAACUGUUCCUGAUUUUUUAUGUGAUUUCGUCCGGCUUCAAUUUAUCGAUUUUUCACGAAAUUGUUUAACUGAGUUACCAGAAAGAUUUUCUAUAUUAAAAAAUAUGCGUGAAUUAAUUUUAUCAAAUAAUAGAUUUACUUCUGUACCUAAUUGCAUUUAUGCUUUGCAAAACCUGGAAAUACUAUUAAUUUCUGAUAAUCAGGUCACAAAUAUAAACGUGGAUGGACUAAAACAAUUACAAAGGCUUGCAACCCUUGAUUUAUCAAAUAAUGAUAUUGGAACAGUUCCGCCGGAAUUGGGAAAUAUGAAACAAUUAAGACAUUUAGAAUUAAAAGGAAAUAGAUUUAGACAACCAAGGUAUGCAAUUUUAGAACAAGGAACAGAUUCAAUACUUGCCUAUUUAAGAGAUAGGAUUAGGAAGUAAAUUUUCAAAAUAAGCCAUAAAUUUAAAUUUUUAAAUAGUUCGAGAACUUGCCAUUUCAGAAAUCUAAAUCUAGUUAUUUCUAGUCAGAAUAAAAUGUUGAUGAAGUUGUUAAUACUUUGAUAUUAUUUUUUUUGUUUAUAUUUUUGGCAGCUUUGUUAUAUUUAAGGUGAUGCAUUUUGAUUUUUAUUUAAUUUGUUGGAUUCACUAAUACAUAGGAGAUAUUUUUAUUUUACUCGAUUCAUAUUGUGUUAUUAGAUGUAGUUAUUAAGAGUUUAGAGUUGGAUUAAAUACACUGAAUUAAGGAGAUUGGAAUAUAUUUAUUAAGGUCAAAUAUUUAGCAGUUACAUUUAUAAGUAGCAUGCUUUUGCAGUGUGUGUGUUUUGAUCAAGUUUAAUAAACAUUUUGGAAUUAAAUAA